CUUAUCCCCGCACAACAAAACAACUUGUUCUACGCGCACCAUAUUUUCCUUUAUAUACACAUAUCCACACAACUUAUAAAAUCAAUUCAGCAGCUCAAUCCUAAGCUCAUAUAUAUAAAACCACGUUCUUCAAACUCAUUCUUAUACAAGUCACCUCUCUUGUUUUCUUUGUACCGUAUACUUUCUCAAUACAAUAGCUGAUUACAUGAAAUCAGAAGCCACACUCCAGUCUUCAAUAUCCUCACCAAAAGUAGGGAGUGGUAGAAUCAAAACUGAUUCGUCUGCUUUCGGAAGAUUAUGUCGUAAGUUAUCGUCGCGAAAGUCACCGGAAAAGCGCUCGCUUCAGUCGAGUCCACCAAGAAGAACGACUUUUGGUGCUGCUGCUGAUGAUGAAUGCAGUGAUGAGAUGCAAAGGGUGUUCAUGUACUUUGACGAGAACGGGGACGGCAAGAUCUCACCGGAGGAGUUGCAGACCUGCGUGAGGACGGUGGGAGGGGAGCUGUCGGACGAGGAGGCAGAGAUGGCGAUCCGGUCAUCGGAUUCGGACGGAGACGGGAUGUUGGGGUUGGAGGACUUCAGGAGGCUGAUGGAGAAUGGGGGAGAGGAAGAGAGGAAGGAGGAGCUGAGAGAGGCCUUUAAGAUGUAUGAGAUGGAGGGGACUGGGUGUAUUACACCCAGGAGCCUGAAGACGAUGCUGACUCGACUCGGGAAGUCGUCCACUGUGGAGAAUUGUAAUUCCAUGAUCAGUAUGUUUGAUAUCAAUGGUGAUGGUGUCCUUAACUUUGAGGAAUUCACCAUCAUGAUGCGCUGAUCCAUCAAUUACCAUAAUUUGCACAUAUAUACGUGUACUCUACUUUUGAUUCUUCUAAAUACAUUCAUUUAUUUGUAAUUUUACUUUAAUAUAUUACUGAGGAGUUAAAUACUAGCUUAAUUUUUUCGGAUUA